GAUAGCUCUGGUAAUGCGCAUGCGGAUCAGGUUAUGGGAAGAUAAAAAGUAACAGGAUGUCACAAUCCGGUUUGUCCUUUAGUUUGUGAUUCUGUAGUACGUGGUUAUUCCUUGGGUUAAAUCAAAACCGCAGUCGAAGGAAGGCAUAUGUAUACGGAGCUGUUCCACGUUGGAUAGGAAGAAAAAAAAAUCUGCGUUAAGAAUGAGCAAGGAUCGUGAGAAAGCUCCCGCUGUUGAAGAGACAGAGUUUGGGGGUACAGGGGUGUCCCAGCGGAGAAAGGUCAUUCACUUCGCUAACGGGGACACACUGGAACAGGACUGCAGUGACGAAGAGGAGGAAGCACCCAAAAAAGAGCCCUUCUCUGCCCCUGACAACACGGUGCAGAAUUCAUGGAGGCAGCACUCAUGGUGUCUGUGUAUGAAAGCUGGAAAGAGGUUCAUACAGACUUGUGAUUUCGUUGGGGGGAAACUGGCCAAUCUGGUCGGACUCAACAUGGCCAAAUACCAGUACGCAGUUGAUCAGUUUCAGCGCGAGAAGCCGGAGGGUUCGAAGGGUCAAGGUGCUGAUGGAGCCCCAGGUUUGAAGGAAGGGGACGAAACAAUCCGGCUUUCCCCCCAGAGGAGUGUACAGUAUGGGGCCACAAAGUCACCGCCAGUCCCUGGUGUCUGGACCUCCCCCAGCAGCGCUGAACACCAGCGUAGUGGCACCGGCUCACACAACAAGGGAUACCAGGACGAUUAACAACAAACAGGCUUCAAACAGACUUAAACAUUAGAGAAUCCUUGUUGAUUUGCACAAAGCACAAAACCCACUCAUCCUACUGAAGUCAUGACAUCACCUUAAGUGUGGGGGCUUAACCAAUCACAGAAUACCUUGGCAGCAUCCAGUAGAAUAUCCAGUAGAAAAUGGUUUUGCGCCAUUUCAAGAGAAAUGUCCAAGUUCAUGAAUGUUCAAGCAAAGAGAUUGUUGUUUGCCAAAAUGUACAGUCUGAGAUCGACAGGAGUGUUUUCACUACAUUUUACUUGUAUUUCAAAUAUGUAUUUCACCCCAGUUUUAUCAGAACAACUGCUAAUGUAAUAAAUGAUAAUCUGUAAUACAAGAAA